UGUGGUGUUCCGAGCUCAAACGCCGCUCUGCCUCGCCGCGUCUCAGCCUUGGUGCGGUGCGGCGGCGCGGAUCCUGACUCCCGUCUCUCGAGUCGUCCCCGCUCUCACCGGUUGCUUGGCCACAGGCAGCCCACCGCACUUCCUUGGCCACUAUCUGAGCUUCCGUCUUAGGGGAGACCGCUGCUUCCGCGACGGCCGGUGGCGCUGCGCGUUCGGCUUCCCGUGGCUGACGGAGGUGCCUCCGCCGCCGCGGAGUUGAGCCAUGGACUGGUUCGCCGCCAUCGUCAGGUCGCCCGUCGCCACUUGCUUCCUGUGCUCAGGUCAGGUACUGUUCACCCAGGUGUGCUCCCUCCUUCGUUUACACUGUACUCCCUAUGCUCUUAUAUUAUGGGAUGGAGGGAGUAAAUUAUAAUCUCUGAUUAUAUGUUGUUCAGUUUCGUAAUCGCUCGGUCGCUUAUCUGUUUUGUUUGGUGCAUCCUUGACUGUGUAUACUGUAUAGGAAUUGAAGUUUAAGUAGCAAUUUCACGGAUUUGAUUCUAUCUGAAUGACUGAAUGCGUCUACAUAGAGCAGAGUCCCAAUUAUGCAGAACCCAUCCAACACACACAUACACACGCAGGUGCUUGAUCUAUACCCAACGGUGACUAUUCUGCAUAAUCUGAUGCCUGUGACACGUACUUCAGUAGGAUAAGACUUAGUCUCGUUUGCCGGAGACUAUAUCAAUCAAGGAUAUUUAUAGCUACAGCAACGUGCCUGCUGCUCCUGCAAUUAAGCUGCAAGACUAGAUGGUUGGUUAUUGACUGGUCGCAGCUCACAAAUCACAAUCUAGCGCCACUGGGACAGUGAACCGAGUAUCCUCCUUCGCAAAGUUUCGCCACAAUAAAUAUAGUGAUGAGUACUAGCUCCAAAGACAAGUAGCUGAUGUGGCUGCCUGAUGGUACAUAUGGUAUCUGUCCAAGCCAAAAUUCUACAAGGAUAACCAUUACGCGCAAUCCGUCUCACACGUCAGUACAGAUUUACAGUUACAGCAACGUGUUGGUGCUACAAUUUUGAUAUUUAUAGUUACAGCAACGUGCUGGUGCUGUAAUUAAUCUGCAACACUGGAUUGUGGCUGACUGGUCGCUGCUCACAAAUCACAAUCCAGUGGCUCUUGGACAGUGAACUGAGCUGUGCCCUCCUCCGCACAAUUUCGCUAGAAGAAAUGUAGCGAUAACUACUAGCUCCAAAGAAAACUAGCAUGUGUGUCUGUCUGGUGGCACGUAUGGCAUCUGUCCAAGCGAAAAAUCUACAAUGGUAUGGUCGCGCAACCUGUCUCACACGUCACUGCAACUUUUGCUUCACUGGAGCUUUCCUACCUGGCCCAUUCCAUCCAUUGGAUGACUUCUGUGAAGACCAGCAUAAAGAUUCAAUUAGUAUACCUUUCUGAAAAAUCCGUCGCCACACUGUUUCUGAACCUCUUGUUUCUUUCUUUUGCUCCAACAGUUCCCUCUAUAAAAGGCCUUGCAGCGAUCCUGCCUUUUCUCCAAGAAAGAAAACAAACAAGUUCUUUGUUUUGGUUAGGACCAAUGGGUUUGAUUUUCCGGGUACUACUAGUCUUUCUUGUGGUGCUCGCCGCACUCGCCACCAUCUCCAACGCCCAUGGUGACGGUACACUCACUCUCCGAUGCCAUCCGGAUGAGGCUGCAAGCCUCCUCCAACUGAAGAAAUCCUUCUCUUUCUUCCGUUACCCCAGUGGCCUUGAGUCAUGGCAAGAUGGUACCGACUGUUGUCUUUGGGAAGGCGUUGGCUGCAGCAAUUCCUUCGGCCAUGUCACUGCUUUGGAGCUCGGUGGUUGUGGCCUCUAUAGUCAGGGCCUUGACCCUGCAAUCUUCAAGCUCACCUCGCUCCAAUUACUCGACCUUAGCAUGAAUAAUUUUGGCAUGCACAUUCUCCCGGCAAGCGGGUUUGAGAGGCUCUCCUUGCUGACUCACCUCAACCUCUCCAAUUCGAGAUUCCAAGGCAAGAUACCCAUUGGCAUCAGCAAACUUGUCAACCUUAUCUCCUUGGAUCUUUCUGUUUCCUAUUAUGACACUACUGAAGAUUCACUUAGUGACUAUGAUAGCAGCAUCGCUAUCAUUUCUUAUGUGUUCUGGCUGCCCAACUUUCAAAACCUAGUGGCCAACCUCAAAAAUUUGAGAGAGCUCUACCUUGAUGGAGUGGAUAUGUCUAGCAGUGGAGACUGGUGUCAUGCUCUUGCAGAAUCUCUUCCAGAUCUCCGAGUUCUUAGCUUAAGUUCUUGUUUUCUCGGCGGUCCUAUCUGUUGGUCCCUCUCAAGACUCCACUCUCUAACUGCAAUAAACUUGGAAGAUAACUUUGAUAUACUGGCUACUUUUCCAGAGUUUUUCAUGGAUUUUUCCAAUUUAAGUGUGCUCCAACUUGCUCGGACAAAUCUCCAAGGGUGGUUCCCUCGUAGAGCUUUUGAAUCAAAAACUCUGCGAGUUCUUGAUUUAUCCGGGAAUCAGGAUCUCUUAGGGCAUGUGCCCAACUUCUCCAAUGCAAGUUCCUUAGAGACAAUGAUGCUAGACGGGACCAAUUUAUCCUUUGCAAAACCAGGAUCGUUUAGCAAUUUCAAGUCUUUGAAAAGGUUAAGUUUUGAUGUGAUUUUUUUCUCAGUGGAUCCUCCAUCUUCACUCGAUAUCCUUGGGUCUCUACGGCAAUUGCAAGUCUCCCAGGUGGACUCGGCAGUAGAUGUAGGGGCAAUUUUCUCAUGGAUGUCAGACCUGCAGAAUUUGCAAAGCUUAAAACUCUCCUGGUGCAACUUCUCCCAGACAUCUUUUUCUUCAGUUGCCAAACUCAAGAGCUUAAGAAGCCUGACAAUUUCUGACUGCAGCUUAACUAGACCAGUGCUAUCAACAUUAGGUUAUCUAGUAGAUUUGAGAAGCCUGGAGAUCUUUAAUUGCAUAUUUAGUGGUUCAAUACCGUCUGCAGUUGGCAACCUCACAAACUUGAGAGUCUUGAAAAUCAAUGGAUGCGACUUUUCAGGGCCGAUACCAUCUUCAAUUGGUAAUCUCAUGAACCUGAGAAGCUUGGAAAUAAAUGGUGCUUAUGGCUCUUUCGACAGCCAUGCUGGCUCUUCUGUGGCAAUACCAUCUUCAGUUGGCAACCUCAGUAACUUGGUAAGCUUGGAAAUCUGGUAUUGCUUUUUCUCUGGGCAAAUACCAGAUGCAGUUGGACUACUCAAGAAGUUGGCAGUUCUUCGACUUGGACAGUGUGGCUUUUCUGGACGCAUACCAAAUUCAAUUGUUAACUUGACUCAACUAAUUGAUCUAGAUCUUUCAUCUAAUGUUCUCAACGGGAAACUUUCAACAUCAGUUUUUAGUAUUCCCACAUUGCAACGCCUAGAUUUUCACUCAAACCAGCUCUCUGGUUUUAUACAAGACUUCAAUGCAACGUCUUCACACUUGGUUUCAGUGGACUUAAGCACAAACGAAUUGACAGGGAAUAUUCCCAAGUCAUUCUUUCAACUAAAAAAUUUGGCAUACCUCGAUAUUGGCUCGAACUACUUGGUGGGUUCGUUGGAUCUUUCCUCGUUUUGGAGGUUGGGAAAUCUUGUUCAUUUAAGUCUUUCCCACAACAAUCUAUCAGUCAUGGACAUGGAUGGAGAAGGUAACAACUCUCUGUCUACCUAUCUCCCUCGAGUUACCAAGUUAGAAUUAGCGAGUUGCAAUUUAACAGGAUUUCCAAGUUUAUUGGAACACGUUAAGCAAGUGUCUUACUUGGACUUGUCAUGCAAUAGAAUCAGUGGGGCUGUUCCGAAGCUGGUAUGGGUGACAUGGAACAACAGCCUUACAUAUUUGAAUCUUUCACACAACAUGCUCAGCACUAUGCAAGUUACUUCAUUUGUUCUCCCUUUCGAUAAGUUGGAGGUUAUUGAUCUUAGUUCCAACCAGCUUCAGGGGCAGAUUCCUAUGCCAAGCUGGUCAGUGUACUUCGAUUGUUCAAACAAUAGUUUCUCUUCAGUGCUUCCAAACUUCACUCUCUAUCUUGGCGAUGAGUUCAGAAUUUCUAAAAACAAUAUCAGUGGACAUAUACCAAACUCAAUUUGUGAUUCAUGGAUCAGUGUCCUUGACCUGUCAUUUAACAGCUUCCGCGGGCAGAUACCUUCGUGUCUAAUAGAAGAUGGUUACACUAGCGUGUUGAGUUUGCGGGAGAAUCAAUUUGAAGGUGUGUUGCCUAACAACAUCAAAGACCAAUGUAUGCUUCACACAUUAGACUUGAACGGCAAUAAGAUUGAAGGGAAGCUUCCAAUGACACUUACCAAGUGCUGGCAGCUAGUGCUCCUUGACGUUGGAAAUAAUAACAUGGUGGGUGCUUUUCCAUCAUGGCUGGGGCUACUUCCCGAACUUCGUAUCCUUGUCUUGAGAUCCAACCGAUUCUAUGGCUCGGUGGGUGGUGAUCUUCACAGCAGUGAAAAAUAUGGAGAAUACUUCUCUAGCUUGCAGAUUCUGGAUCUUGCCUCGAACAAUUUCUCCGGUAAUUUGAGUCCAGAUUGGUUUGAGGGGCUGAAAUCAAUGAUGUCAGAGUUGAACACAACAGGUCGUAUUAUUAGUAGUUUUAACGGAAGUAUGGAACAUCCCUAUCAGGAUUCUGUUGCUAUAUACUAUAAAAGCAUCUACAGGACAUUUGAUAAGAUCUUGACCACUUUAACAGUCAUUGACCUAUCAAAUAAUUCAUUGGAUGGCACCAUUCCGGGAUCGCUUGGGAGGCUUAUUUCGUUACAUGUACUAAACAUGUCAGGGAAUGCCAUCACGGGUGAUAUUCCGCAGGAAUUUGGCGGGAUGACUCAACUAGAAUCUCUCGACCUGUCUCAGAACCAGCUUUCUGGUGAUAUUCCGGAGGCGCUAACAAAUCUCACUUUUCUUGGUAUCUUGAACUUGUGCAACAACCAGUUGGUGGGAAGGAUACCUCGCUCAGGUCAAUUUGCGACGUUCCAAAACAGUUCAUUUGAGGGAAAUAUGGGGCUGUGUGGACUGCCAUUGUCCAACCCAUGCAGCAAUUCACCUACUCCUCCAAGUGCAGUGCAUGGGGAGAAGUCCUUUCAUGUGGACGUCAUCUUGUUUCUCUUCGUCGGGCUGGGCUUUGGUAUCGGAUUUGCAGCUGCCAUCCUGAUAAGAUGGGGUCGGAUUCGCAAAUGGUUUGUUAAAUCUGCAAGAGCUUUGAGGACUUGAUCUGAACACUGGAGAUUGCUUCAACCGUUGCUGCUAGUGAUGAGUGUGCAAUGCUUUUUAUGUAUUAUUAUUAAGCCUUUGCUAGGUCUUAUCCUCUGCAGUGUGUACUUAUCUGUAAUAUAUUGAUUGGCCAAGCGGCUAAACAUAUUGUAGUGUAUCCCCUGUGAUCUCCAGGUUUAGACGUCCUGUGUAGGUUUAACUUGGAGACAAAUCUUGUAACCACUUUGUAAUCUUAUUCAACUAUAAAUGAACUCCACGCGGCCUGAGAAGGGUUAUACCCUAAAC